GAAAAAAGCUGGUCAAAUAGUCUGUAUUAAUAUUUCGUUAAUUCAGUUUCAUGACAUAUAAAGCAUAAAUACUUAAGCUAAAUAUGUUUACUACAAGUAAACACACAAGAAGCGGGAUUAUUACAUUGAAAAUAAAAUAAAAAAUUAAUCCGGGGAAGAAGAAGAAGUCAGUUGCCUAGCAACUUUUCGAAGCCUAGCGUCACCUAGCAAGCUGGGAUUUUAGCUAACACAUGGCUUGUACCACCCUAAACAGUGUAUAAAUGCCACUAAAAAGAAGAGGACCUUUGCAGCUGGCCCAGAGAGAAGUGGAGGAAAUAAAAAAACAGGUUGACAGUCUGGUGAAGGAUGUGCAGAGUCAGGCUGGAUCCACUGAAGAGGCCUUUCGAAGAUGCCAAGAACUGCAAAUGUCAGCAGAGGACACACUAAGGACACUGAAGAAGCUGACCAAGGCUGAUGAGCUGGCUCCAGUGGGGAACUAUGAUCAGAGGAAACAGGAAGAGGAGCGACGAGUGCAAAAUAUCUUGGAGCGUCUCAACACUCUCUCUAUGGAGCUGUCACCACCAGGACCCAGCACUGAAGCAGGUAAUGUUUCAAAGGCACAAAGUGAGGAUAGUGUUGAAGAAGACGACGACGAUGAUGAUGAAGAUGACAGUGACGAGGAGGAUGUAGAAAAUGAUAGCAGCGAUGAUGAAGAUGAGAGGAGAGAUGUGAAACCGCCAUCUCAGUCAGACCCUCGCAUAUACGUGGUCCUCAGUGAUUUCAAAGGAGAGCAGGAAGGAGAUCUGUCUGUUCGGAAGGGGGAGGUGUUGAGGAUUAUCAGGAAGACAGCAGAUGGAUGGUGGCUAGCUCAGGACACCAAAGGCAACAGAGGAGUGGUUCCAAAAACCUACCUGAAGAUUGGCGCUAGUGUUGAUGAUGAAGAUGAUGAAGAUAAAGAUGAUUCCAAGGAAGAUGAUGAUGGUGAUGAUGAAAAUGAGGAGCUGGAAGAGGAGGAAGAUCAAGAUGGUGAAGAAUUAACUGAUGAUCGAGACAAACAGAGAGCUACACAUUUUCACUGGUCUACUGUCAAAAAAGCUCUGACUGAGAUUGAUGCAACAGAUGUGCUAUCUGCCAUGGGUGCCAUACCUUCAGGAUUCAGACCAUCAACUCUCAAUAAACUACUGGUGGAGGAAGGUGUAACAUACAGAGGAAGUCAUUACAUUCAGCCUCAGCUCAGCCAGUCACAGCUCUCCUUUAAAGACCUCUUCUUGGACCCAGACACUGGCAAGGUUCGUGCUCGGCAGGUCAACACCAGUGUUUGUUUCACUUUGUGGGGCUGCAGGAUGAUUCCUACUCCCGGGGUUGGUGUUCAAGUCCUCAGCCGGCACAUCCGACUCUGUGCCUUUGAUGGAACUCAGUACUUUCUUUACAGAUAUCACACAUUUUGGGGUAAAAAUAAAAGAAAGGUUCUGAGCAACAUCCAUGUAGUAAGGGCAGCCUACAACGCCAAGAGCCCAAAGACCUGGAGCUUCUCUCCGAGGGUGACGGGUAUCUUGCCCACCCUCCUGGAUGGAGAGUGUUUUCUGCGCUGCGACUCGACGUCUCCUAACCUCGGGAUCCUCUUUGAAUUAGGAGUCACUUUUAUAAGAAAUUCUACUGGGGAGAGAGGAGACCUGAGCUGUGGCUGGGCUUUCCUUAAACUGACUGAUGAUGCAGGAAACCCUCUCCCAAACAGGACCUAUGAACUCCCAGUGAAUGGUGGCACUCCGUACGAGAAGGAUGUAGCAGUGGAGGCAUCAGCCACUAGAGGACCUCCAAGUGGUGUCUUCCAGCAGAUGCUCCAAGCUAGGCGGCAGCCCAAACUUAUUGUAAAGCUGAAAUCAGCCAACAGCCGGAUGCAAACACAGCUCAGUCUCCUUCCAGAUAAUCUCCUCCACUGUCUGAACUGCAUCCAUCUGCUGGUUCUGCACAGGCAGCUGCUCGCAGACGCACUGCUGAUGGACAGGCCUACCAUGCAGAAUGCAGAUCUAAUGUGCAGUCCUGUUCUAUCAACCUUUCCUAAGCUGUUGGACCAGCCAGACCUGUUAGAUGCUCUGAGGAGUGCCUGGCUAGAUGCUGAGACCAACAUGAACAGAGCACAGAAGAGGGACCUGUCCUAUCGAAAGCUGGAGUUUGUUAAAGUCUACAUGUUGUCUGUGUAUUUCCUCCUCCACUCACCCUCACUGUCCUGUCAUCGCUGGGCGGACCCGCCUUCUGAAGCGCAACGUGCAAGAGUCAUCUACGCAACUCUGGAAACUUUAAAAAACCACCGCAACAAUACUGGCCAAUCAGGAGCUCCUGAGGUCUUUGUUGAUGGCGCUCACGCCCAUCUCGCUUUCGAUGUUACAGAGUUAACUUUUGACCUCCUCCGUUUGGCGCGGUAACAAUAAUAUCGUCUUUCUCUGGCUCAUAAUUUAAUUAUCAGUUUGAUUUUUACAUACAGUUUGAAAAUAUUUAAAGGUUAAGGGUGGCAAUAUUCUAUAUCUUUAUUAUUUUAAAAUUGUUUGUCGUUUUCAUGAAGAAGACCAAAACAAGCACUGGUCCAAAUCUACAAGACCUGGCUUCCUCUUUAGUAGCUGUUUUUCAGUACAAGCAUAUCACAUCCUGUAACCUGGUUGCUCAUUCAUGUAUUUAUUCAUGUAUUUGAUCUUUUUGUAUCACAUUUUAGAUACACUAAGACAACAUUUUGAUAAGUUGGAGCGAUUCUUCAUUGGUUUUUAACUGAAUUUGUUGAAAACAAGAAAAAAAACAUUUCACCAGACUUGCCCAACACUCCUAGCCUCCCUUCUGCUUUGUGACAGGAAAUGCUAAAUUAUACAGAGCAUGCACUUGUUUGUGUAUGUUCUGUUUAUAUGAGAUACUGACCGUGGCCUGUGUUGUAGUGAAAUAACAUUUUAUUUAUUUUAUGUUUAAUCACAGAGUCCAGGUUCUGUCUUAAACAUAAAAAAAUGAGUUACAGUAAUAAAAAAAAUGACAAUAAAUGGU